ACGAGCAUUGCGCAUACCUUGUGGCAGUUUUCUCAUAGACGACACAAUUAUCUAGUAUGAAAUAAAAGUAUUUAUAUGAAAUCGUGAACUUUAAAAGGUGUAAAUACAAGUGGCAAAACAGUUUAAAGUCGAUUCAGCAGAUGCAUGUUCUUCGGUUCGUAAUUUAGUGAGUUAAUAGCCCGGACGAUACCUUCAAGGCUCCUGGUUCUCCAUUGGCCGAAUCAUUUGAAUCGAGGCAUAACCCUGACAACAUGGAAUAAUGUGUGAAUAUUGAUACUUGCAUCGGAUAUUAUUAAAAAUACAGGAAUGGCUAAAGAAAUGAUGCCAUCUGAGAAAUUACGAUCCGAUAGAGGCUAUGGAGCUGCGUGUGGAGAAUCAAACAAAGGACUCGGGGGGUACGAUAAUCGUUGCUACAAACGGAUCCACUCCAGCACCGUCACUCCUUGGAGCUGCGUGUCAAGGCUUUAAGAUACCAUUGGAUCGACAACUUGGUCUGUAUACAAAGGACAAUGUGAUGUUAUCACAUCGCAAAAACGUUGCAGCCUAUGGUCUAAGUAAUGGCGAUACUGUCUAUUUGCGGCCUAAAGGCGAAAGAGAUGAUCUACUGUUUUUAUUGAAUUGGCGUGUGCUUGCCAUUGGACUUCUGCUGACUUCCACAGUUGGUAGUACUGUUCUCGUCGCCAUCUACCUAUUAACAGCCGGACGGGCACCCUUCAUUUAUGGUGUUGUAAUAGACGCCGGUUCUUCCCACUCCGAAGCGACACUCUAUAAUUGGAACGGCAAUAAAUACUACGGCACAGGAAAGGCAAAACAGGUGGCGCAUGUAAAGAACGACGAUUCCGGAAUCUCAGAUCUCAAGCCACGUGAAGUGCAGCGCUCAAUUGAAGAACUCUUGGAAAAAAUUAAAAUGCACAUUCCAUCUACUCAACGACAUGGGACUCCUGUAUACCUCGCAGCUACGGCUGGAAUGCGACUUCUUAAUAUUAGCAGUCCGGAGGAGGUGGACUUAAUUUUGUUAGCAGCGGAAGCAGGCAUUAAGGGAUCCGGUCUGAAAUUCGGCGGAGCAGGCCUACUCAGUGGUAUAGACGAAGGUCUCGCCGCCUGGCUGUCCUCUAACUAUCUGCUUGACAGGCUGCCCAGAGACCGGAAUGACCCAAAAGAUCUCGUGGGUGCAAUGGACUGUGGAGGUGCGUCUACGCAGAUUGCGUUUGAGGUACCAUUUAAGAAGCAACAUCGUGAAUUCCGUUCCCUUAAGCUGUAUGGACGUUUCUAUAAUGUGUUCUCACGUAGUUACCUGUGCUACGGAAUGAAUGAGGCAUUCAAUCGGUACAUUAUGUUGCUGCUGCGUAACCAGAAGUACGAUGUAAUUAAGUCGAUCGAGUCGCCAUGUCAUAAUCAGGGAUACGAUGAUUACAUAGCCUUAAGCAAGAUACUCACUCCGUGCACAUCGCACAAGGAGCUGCCUGACACACUCCGCGGAAUGAACCAAACGGAUCUCCGUAUUAUCGGUACGAGUAACACGCGAUGGUGCGCCUUCUACACAAACACGCUUUUCGGCGAGAAGGAUUGUCGGGCUUUGGGUUUCAUCGAAUGCUUCAAUAAAAUUCCUAUCUCAAUCCCAGAUAUUAAUUAUGUGGCUUUCUCCGCGUUCACGUACACUACGUUGCAACUAAAGUUCCAAGGAACUAGCAUGAGUGAGUUCAAACAAACCGCGCAGGCAUUUUGUUCUCUUGAUUACGAAAAUGUGAAGCAAGAUUACUAUUCUAACGAGACCAUAAAAUAUGCAUCAGCGGCAUGCUUCAGGGCAAAUUAUGUUUAUACUCUGCUGAACAGUUACAAUAUCACUGACAGCAAUUUCAAGAAAAUACACUUCCGUAAACGGGCGAAAGGCUAUAAUCUGGGGUGGUCAUUAGGGUAUAUGAUAAAUGCCACAAACGCGAUUCCAGAAGCCGAGCCUAAUCCUGCACUUAUUCCAACUUCGUGGCUCAUCACUUUCCUCGUCAUAUUUACUGUCGUCUUAACAGUUGGACUCCUUGCGCUAGUUAUCGCUCGUAGGAGGUCACAACGUGCAACUGAUAACAUAUCUACCGACACUGAAGACUUGCAGAUGAAGCAGACGGUGACGUAAAUAUCACUUCGCGCUCUUUCUUGCUAUAGAUAAAGUAACUCUGGGCAUUCAUUUGAACAGGACACUGCGUCAACUUCGACUUUAGUCGUAGAAACACUGACUUCGCAUAAUACAGGACAUUCGAGCAUGCUCGGUCGGCCAAUCUUAUAGUGUACAACAUCUCCAAAAUAAGCGGAUAACUGCUACAGCGCGUAUGUCGAUCAAUAGUACACUGCAGAUGAGUUAGAGUAUGUAUAAAAAACAAGUAGUUAUGAGAAAUUGUUCCGUACAGAGUGAUAUCAUAAAAUGAAUAUGCAGGAUAAUUCUCUAUAUUUAAUUAUUUCGUACUUAAUCUCUGCUGGUCUGUUAAAGCACUCCAUGGUAAAUAUGGAUAAUUAACAACUUCCAUGAAUUCACUGAAUCCGACAGUAACCAUAACAUACACUUACAUUAGCCAAUACUAGUUUCGUAUACACAGAAUGAUCGACGAUUUUAUAAAUGGACGAAUGAAACUUCAAUAAAAGUGUAAUGUAAAUAAAGUUUAAUGUUAUAAGAUAAUAAACCGUGGAAAAAUUAAGGUGGUGUGUUAAAUUGUAAGAGUGAAAAAUCUUCGGAUUGUAUGGAUACCCUCAUACAUUAUAUUGCAUAUUUCUCAAGACUGGUGGCAAACGAAUCAUCAAAUAUACAGAAUACGCGCUUGUAUAAUGACAUUUUAUUUAUGUUAGGUACGCAUGUGCCCACAUGGCAGCGCUGGAAUGGUCCGCUAAUCAGCAUCUUU